ACAUCCUGGCAGGAAGAUGGUGGCAGUGAACCUGUAUGAAUUGCUGAAGAAACUGGGCUGCCCUGCCUUGGAGGGAGUUUUCCUGUGGAAGCCUGAAGACAUCCAGCGGUUGCUGUGUACUCCCUCGCCCCAUCAGCUGGAUAUACUGGAAUGGAUUUGCAUCAGCGUGUAUCCACCCUUCCGAGACCAGUUGGCAUCGCUCGGGGAAUCACAGACUGAUGUGAAAAUCAAAAGUAUGGCGAAGCUGGGGUCUGACCUGAUGCUGUGUCGAGCCAGUGACCUGGAUCUCAUUGAGGGAAAAGCCAGCACGAAGAAACAGCAUCACUUCCUGGAACAGCUGGUGGCUGUGAUCCCGACUCUGCAGAGUAUGAAGGCCUCUGUCUCUGGAUCUCUCUCCAGCACUUCUUCAAGCCAAGAGGAUCAUUUUCUGGAGAUGGUGAGGAAGAACGAGAAAUUCCUGAAGCAAGUCUUCUGCAGCCCGGAUUUGCAGGCUGUGCUGUCCCCAAAAUGUCCCCCCUGGAGCUCAGAUAUCAAGCCCCUUCUGUUGAAUGAAGAGGCAGUCCGGAAAAGGUCCCGUCUGCCAAGGGUCUCCCUUGAGAAAACUUUGCUGGAGGUCUCAAAGGAGUUGGAGGAGACGGCCGCUGUUUUGCAGGACUUGAGAGCACAGUGCUCCUUUCUCCAUGGGAACCCGGCCGGUGCCACUCAGCCGCUCGACAAUGCCACUAUGCUGCAGGCCCUCAAACUGGCCGCCUCCGACUUCGGCCAGCUGCUGGUUGCCUUCGAGCAGGUGUACCAGAGCGAGCUACAAAAACACUGUGAACGCCCCGUGCCUCCGCUGAGCCCCUGCGGCCCCCUCUUCAAAGCCUUGCAGCGGGAUCUUUUGCUCUGCGUGCAGGAGUUGAAAAGUCUGGCCCAGAUCACAGAAACAUCCGAGAACAUUGUGAAUACAGUUGACCGGCAGCAAAAGGAGAAGAUACCAUGGAGAGGUUCCGCCAAAGCCACGUUGCCUUCCAAGCUUAAAGAUCUGCAUGAGAAGUACAAGGUCAUCUAUGCCCUGCUCCACGAACUGUCAGUGAUCAAGACCCCUGCCUAGGUGCCCGUCUCUCUGUGAAAGGGACUGCCUUACUCCAGGUAGCGGACCCGAACGGUGGAAGCCCUGCUUGUGUGUUCUCCCCCUAUACAUAAAUGAAUAUGUUUAGAAAUAAAGAGCAUUUUUCCUCUUUAAAAAAAAA